AUGGAACAUCUUCCUGUGCAUCUUGCAUAUGAAGCUUUUCUGGGUGGACCUGUUCAAUAUAGGUGGAUGUAUCCUUUUGAAAGAUUCAUGGGUGAUUCAAAGAGAUCUGUGAAAAAUAAGGCUAAAGUGGAGGGUUCGAUAUGUGCACAUUAUUUGCAUCGGGAAACAUCUCAUUUUUGCUCUCAUUAUUUCAAUCACAUGAUGUUAAUCCCAAGAAUCACAAGGAAUGAAGUUAAUGUUACAGAAAGAAGUCAAUUCACCUUAUCCAUCUUCGGACUUCCUGGUCGUAGUUCUGGAAAGACGAAUGUGCACUGGCUGACCGAAAAGGAAUUGCAAUCUGCUCAUGUUCAUGUAUUGAUUAAUUGCGUUGAAGUUAAACCAUACAUUGAGUUAUAUAAUAACUUCCAUUAUGAACUCACCGGUGAACAAGCAACAACCACUGACAUACAUGCUUAUUUUCCAUCAUGGUUUAAGCAACAAUUGGCAUGUAAUGUCGAAUCAUCUCCACAAGUACUCCAUUUGAGAAACUUGGCUGAAGGCCCUAUUAAACGUGCAAAGAAAUGGCACACAUACUUUGUAAACGGAUAUAAAUUUCAUACUGAUGAAUGGACAGAAGGAAAGAAAACCAUAAAUAGUGGCGUGUUUGUAAAAGGAGUUACAGAUGGUGGUGAAGACGACUUCUAUGGUGUUAUCACACACAUUUACGAGUUGGAAUACAAUUAUUUGGAUUCGGAAAACAAAGUUGUCUUGUUUUAUUGUGAUUGGUAUGAUCCAUCUGCUAGAGGCACAAAAAUAAAUAAAAAAUAUAACACCGUAGAGAUUAAAAUGGAUCGAAGGUACAAGCAUUAUGAUCAUUUCAUCAUGGCACAUCUUGUCAGGCAAGUUUAUUAUACAAAACCAAUAGGCCAUAUUGAAACUGAUGAACUUGUAGAAGACCUUGCUUAUCAAGUCGAUGAAAUGUCACAAAAUAAUCAUGUGAUUGAAGUUGAACAACUUACAAGUUUGUGUGAUAACGAAGUUGAGGGUCAACAAGUUGAUUCAUCUGUAUUGUUGCCAUCAAAUAAUGUGGAUGAAGAUGACGAAGAGUCAGAAGCUGAAGAUAAUUUUGAAUCAAAUGAAGAUAAUGAAGAUUUUGAAUGA